AUGGUCAUGUCACUUCCACUGCUGCUGAUGAUGAGGAUAUUAUCAUGGCUUUCUUGUUGGCAAGUCGUCGUGGUCGUCGUAGCCGCCGCCGCGCAACACGAUGGAAUCCCCUUGAACAUCAGUGACGACUCAUCAAUCCGCCACGCAGCCUCCGUGGCCGCAUACAGUCUACAGUCCCUUUACAACGGUAAUCGCACCGGUGGCACGCUGGGCAAGUUCCCCUAUCCUCCGUACUACUGGUGGCUUAGUGGUGCAGCGUGGGACGGCAUGUUGCAUUACUGGUUGUUUACGGGGGACGAGAGUUACAACAACGUCACUUGGACGGCGUUAGUCAGUCAGAUUUCGCCAACGAAUAACUAUCUGCCCGUUGCCGAGAUGUUUGAUGAGGGCAACGACGAUAUCGCAUUCUGGGCAUUUGCAGCCAUGUUUGCAGCAGAACAUUCGUUCCCGGAUCCUCCGUCGCCUCGGUACCCUUCAUGGCUUGGGAUCUGUGAGAACGUCUUCAACGACUUCGUCACGCGGUGGGACAAGGCAAGUGAUACCUGUGCCGGCGGGCUACGAUGGCAGGUGUUCCCGUCGUCCGCGGGGUGGGACUACAAGAACUCCGUCAGCAACGGAGGGUUCUUUCAGCUUGCUGCGCGACUGGCGAGGUACACGGGAAACGAGACCUACCUUCUCUGGGCGGAACGGGUGUGGGACUGGUCGGAGAGGAUUGGGCUUGUCGACGCAGCGGACUUGAGUGUCUACGACGGCGCCGGGAUCGACGGUGGCUUGAACUGCACAAGACUCGAUCAUACGCAGUGGAGCUAUAAUAUCGCCGUCUACCUUUACGGUGCCGCCGUCAUGCAUAACAUCACGGUGCCGGCGGGGACGGGCGCGUGGCAGCGCAGAGGCGUGUGGACGAACCGCACAGAGGGGCUCCUUUCCAGGGCGGAGCGAGUGUUUUUCGGUGACACUUACGGCGGUGGUAGCUUGACGAACGCAAGCGGAAUCAUGGUCGAACAGGCUUGUGAAUUGGAUUGGAGUUGCAACGUCGACCAGUUCAGCUUCAAGGCCUACUUGGCAAGGUGGAUGGCGGAUACGACUGUGCUCGCACCGCAGCUGAAAGGGCGAGUUGGGGGGAUGCUGAAGAGUAGUGCAAAGGCGGCGGUGAAGGCGUGUACGGGCGUCGACGCUGGUGAGGCCAGAGUCAAGUGCGGUGCGCAUUGGUACCUGGGAGAAUGGGAUGGGUCGAUCGGCGUAGGGCAGUCGUUGAGUGUGUUGGAGGUCGUUCAGAGUCUGCUGGUGAAUGAGACGGAGGCGCCAGAGUUCGGAUGGAUUUGA